UACAGUAAGCCAGCGAAGCCCUCAGCGCUGCUGACAGCUGGGGAACUGACGACCAUGUAUGCACGGCAGUUCGCCACGACAAAAGCAUCGGGCAGCCUUUCUACCAUAUACCAGGCAGCUGCCAAUGCAUCGACGCCGUCACCACGACAACAGCACACACACGGACUGACGGUGCUACAGUGCGCAAGGACAGGGGCGCCAGUCGAUCCACACGUGUACAGAGGACUGGUUGAUAUUCGAGGAGCGGCUGAAGGCAAAACUACCGGCGGCUGCAAAAGAAGAAACGCAGCUACUUGGGUAAGCCCGCCUUUCUUGGGAAGAGAGAGCGGUGGGGGAUGGCAUGUUGCAUUCUCCGCUGCUUACGGAUAUCCUUGGCAUGCACGCGCACAGGAAAGUGAUGUCGUCGCCUGGAUGUUUGGCUCAGACCAGAAAAACACAUCUUGCAUAUGGAACUGUUGAUGUUUUUCUAACCGAUUGUGUCCGUGCUGUAGCCCAGAUCGUCGGAUUCGGGAUCCUGGUGGUGUACUUUGCAUGGUUUGGCUUUGUCAGCACGCAGUCGUACAAGUUCACCUGCAAGCUGCUGAGCGGCGGGUCGGCGUACUGCAUUUACCACAUUGUCAGCAACCCAAAAGUUUCUGCAAUCGAUCAAAUACUCUGCGCAAUGCAACCGCGUCAUGCACCAAUUCCGGAUGCGCUUCGAAGCCAGUCCGCUUGUACGCACCUCCAUGACCAGCACCGCCGACCAGCAGCCCCGCGAAGCAAACGGCAGUGGCGGAAUCGCACAUGUCGUUUUUCCCCUCGUUCCGCGACAGCUGCGCGACGGGUACUGGGACUUUCGCACCACAUAUUACCGGAAGCGCGAUGCUGCUAAGCGGAGACAGCAGGAGCGGGCGAAACGCGACCGCCAGCGCAAGAAUUCGUCUGGCAUGAGCAGCUUCCGCACCAGCGAGCGGCGGCCAAAGCGACGUUCGCACCACCGAGAGGCCUCGCAUGUAGGUGGUAAGGUCAGUGCGGGCUCGCCG